AUGGACGACGAAGAGGAAGAAAACAGGAAGGACAACCGCGGGAAGGAGGUCGGCAGCCAGGCCCAGUGGGCCCGGAAGCUCGACAAGCUCGAGGAGGACCUCUCCUUCCUCUUCCCCGACUGGCAACAGGAGGAGGUCGAGCAGGCCUUCUUCUACCCCGAGGUCGAGGCCCAGAACACCGACGGCGCGGCCGGCACCUGCCACGCGUUAUCUUCGAGUACGCCGAGAGAUGUGAGCGCAGCGGACGUUGACGUGACGGCCAAGAUGCCGCUUUCGCCCAAGAGCAACAACUCGGCCGCAGGGGGACGAGACCCCGCCCAGGGAGGCGAGGACUCCAGCAGCGCGCCGGCGGCGCCUCCUGCUCCGGCACCGCCACCGUCGCCCGGCCCAAUGGAGGGACCCCCGAAGCCGCAGGGCCAAGACCGCAAAAUGCUCAAGAGGCUGCUCUGGAGGAAGAUCCCGGGAGCCAAGUUGGAUACGGCGUUCUGGGGCGAGGUCAGCAAAUCGGCGCAGAUCAAGCUCGACGAGGCCCACAUCGAGAAGCUCUUCCGCCGGGAGGCGCACAAGGGAAAGGACCAGGCCAAGAAGAACAAAGAUGAGGGCGAGAUCCUGCGCCUCCUCGACCCCAACCGCGCCCGUAACAUCAUCAUCGUGGCCAGCAGGCUGCAAGCGACGCCAGCGCAGGUGAAGCAGGCCGUGUGGAGCCUGGACAUGAGUCUGCUGACCAUGGACCGGGUGAACAUCCUGCUCAAGACCAUCCCCACCGACGCCGAGAUGGAGCUCAUCAGCCAGCACGCCCACGACCCCGUUCGCCUCGGACAAGCCGAACAGUUCUGCCUGGAGCUCAUGAGUGUGCCGAGGCUGCGACAGCGGCUCCAGUGCGUACUGGUCCGGCUCGAGUUCACCGAGACUCUGCGAGAACUCCAGGUGGACAUCAACAGCGUGGGGACGGUGUGCCACCAAAUGCUGACCAACAAGAAAUUCAAGGCCGUCCUGGGGUGCGUGCUGGCUGUGGGCAACUUCCUCAAUGCCGGCAGCUUCGUGGGCGACGCCGAGGGCUUCACCGCCGAUUCUCUGCUCAAGAUCGUGGACGUGACGUCGACCAAGGGCAGCAAGCACAGCCUGAUGGACUACAUCACCAAUCUGCUGCUCAAGACCAACCCCAGCGCAGUCACCUUCCCGCACGACCUCCGGCACGUCAAGGCCGCCGCGCAGGAGCGGGUCGCGGUCAUCCCGACUACGCUGCAGACCCUGGCCCAGGGCCUGGCCAUGAUCGAGGAGGAGCUCGAGCAGGCCUGGGACCAGGAGCCGCUCCGGCGCGCGUUCCCGGGCUUCCUAGCCGAGGCCACGAAGGAGCUGGCCGCGCUCAAGGAGCCCGUGGCCCAGUACCAGGCCAACUACGCCUCGCUCCUCCGCAUCUUCGGCGAGGACCCCAAGACGCCCAUCAACGACUUCUUCCGGGGCUUACACAAGUUCAUCUCCGCCUUCCAGAAGUGUCAGGAGGACAUCGCUACGAAGCGACUGAGGCAGCAGCAGGCCCAGAUCAACGACAGCCGCACGGGCAUGGUGGCCGAACUCAAGGACAAGAUCUCCGCCGGCCAACUGUCGGCGUCCACCGUCGUCAAGUCCAUGCGCCGCCGCGCACCCACCACCUCCCUCCUCAUCGCCUGA